AUGUUAGCAGAUGCAUUGUUUACAUUUAGUUCUUCCAGAAAAUCGGAGAAAAAUUCUGAUAGGAAGAUGGAAUGUAAUAAGAAAUCAACUUGCUCAUCCGUGACAAAUGCAACUUCAAUUCUAAACGAUGAUCAACAGAAUGUUUCACCAAAGAGUCUGUAUAAUCGAGAUUAUUCAUCAUUAGUUGAUGGAACAGAGGUGUGCCGAAAUGAUGAGAUUAGAGAAGAUUGCGAAAUUGCCGAAGGGAAAAUAGGUGAUAAUGAAGAAGAGAUGGAAGAAGUUCAGAAAAUAGAAGGGACACGCAAACCUCUAUACCGAGUGGAACUGAUACAACAUCGAGAUUGGGUCACUGCUAUUCUACCACAACCAUCACCACCACCAUCACCACCACCACCACUAUUACCACUACUACUACCACCACUGCUAUAA